GGCAUCUUCUGAACACACUUUUUGGCGCGUUCAGUAGAGAAGCAUUCAGUUAUUAUUCGAGCAUCAAAACAAACGCGACCGGUAUAUUUUAUUAAUGUUAUGGCCAACAGUGCUGAGGUUACAUUUGAGGAUUUUCAAACAAACGAACGUUUCAAAAAACUAGAGCGCUCCUUGAAACUAGCUAUACUGAAAAAGACACAUAGCAAGAGUGUAAAUAAGAAAGAAAUGUUGCCUCCUGCGAUAGCUAGCUCCAGCAUUUCCAGCAUCAAUGUGGAUAGUAUGAAUUCCAGUUACGUGACUCCAUCAUUACAUACUUCGGUUAAGAGCGAAGUCUUGGCUUCCAGUAAUAAUCUGAGAAACUUAUGUUCGACAAAGAGGAAUUGUAAAACCAACCGAGAAAUAAUGGCUACGUCCAGCGUUAAACAGGAUGAUUGCAAUGAUCGACUUGUUAUGCCACCUCCAAUGAAAAACACAGUUUAUCGUAUUUCCAAACAAACACAAGACAAUGUUCCUACAUUGCCGAAUUGCAAAACAGUAGUGUCAAAUCCGCUUAAUAGAUCUGUUCAGUCUUCUACAGUAAAUACUUUUUCAUUGAGUGCUGCUAGUCAUAUAUCUGCUAAUACAAAUACUAGCAAAGAAUAUCCAUAUCCUUUUGUUGCACCAACAAUAGCUGCCAUUGAUCCUCAAAGGGUUAACAGAUCAUUUUCAAGAUGGAGAGUUAUGCUGAAUGAUAAUUAUGAAUUAAUAAUUAAAGGAACAUUAGAAUGCAUUUUGGUUACCAGUGGAAGAGUUGCAUAUAGCAAACCAGUCAUAAGGAGAUACAAUGCGACAUGUGUUGAGUCAAAAUAUAAAUAUAAAUAUAAUCUUGAAGGAAAUAUUGUUGAUGAAAGAAAUGUAUUACCGGAUUAUAUUCGCGGAAAAUUUUAUAAUGGUUUUCCUGAUGAUUGGGAGAAUGUUUAUCAGAUAUGGAGAACAUAUCUCAGCCAAGGAUGUCCAGUGACAUUUCGUUGGCCUACUCCUAUCACUGAUAGUGAUGAUGACUUAAAAAGUGAAUUAACAGAAUUGACUUAUAUAUGCACAAAAAAUGAAAAGGAUAUUUUUAAGGAACCUUGUGAAUCAUUUAAAUAUUCUAGCAAUAAGUUUGGAAAUCCAAGUGAAAAUGAUCAAAUGAAAUCUUCAAAAAAGAAAAGAAAAUAUAAUUGUUCCACUCACAGUUUCCAAAACUGUAAGGAAAACACUUCACUUGUAAAACCUCUUAUUUCCCAAAAAGAUAUAAUUCCAAUUGUGCAAACAAAGAACAUGAAAUCAACAUGUGAUAUGGAUAAUGAACAAAAUACUGAAUUGAAUGUAAAUCCAGUAUACAGUUUUAGGGGAAUGAAUAAAUUAAAAGAUAUCAUUCACGAGGAUAAAUUGAAAAUAAUUAUUGACAAUUUGGCAGACAGAAAUUGUUCUCCAAAGUAUAUCGACAAAGUUAUUGAGCUGUUUAAUUGCUUGGACUAUACAGAAUAUUAUAGAACGAAAUCAGAAUGUGAUUAUAACUCAGCGAUUUCUGCGAAUCAUGAAACAUCAUGCAAACAGGAAAUGCUGCAAGCGAAUCUUGCAUGUGAUAACAAUCAUACAGAUAACAAGUUUGAAAAUGAACUAAAGGAAAAAGGGAAAAAUUACAGGAACUCCAUCAAUCUAAGAGAUAGAAGUAUAAAUAAUGAUUCUAAUCUUACUCAGUUAUCGAAUCCAAUAAAUGUUAAGCCAAAAUAUGAUGGUAACAAUGACUCGGAUGAAUCAGAGAGCCUGACUUAUGUAGGUGUACCUAAAAUAUCGAUUGAACGAGUUUUACAUAGCAGAAAAGCAUCCAGAAAAAUAUAUAAACAUAAAAUAAGGAAGAAAUCAGCAAAUUCACGCAAUAUCAAAGGAAUCGAAUAUGAGUUUGAAUCUGCUCCCACGAUGAUUCCAAUGGCUAACAAAAUGGCUAAAAAGAGUUUACUUUCUGAUGAAUCUUGUAUUAGUAUCACGGAAGAUCAAGUCCAAGAUGAAAUAGAUAUGGCAAAAUAUCAUAAAAUAAAAAACAUUGCUCAAAGAUCACAAGAAGAUUCUUUUAAUAGCCAUCUGAUGAGGAAUAAUUUCGAUGUAUAUGAUACAAACAACCCUGCAAUACAAAAUAAACAAUCAUUCAAUCCUUUUCAGACACAAAAAAUUAACUUGAAUGCCUCUAUAAAGGAACAGGAAAUUUCGCACAAAGUUGAAAAAAAUGCACAUUCGCAAUUUAUUGCAGAUAUCGAUUACGCUUCCAAUUCUGACAUUGAUGUUGAAAUUAUAAGCACAAGUACGCGGAAAACAGAUGAAAAUAUGGUAGCUUUGCAUUCUAAUCUGGAUCAAGAUAUUGUGAUCAGUAGCGAGAGUAAUAAUAACUUCUCCAAAAAACCUUUCAUCUUUCAAGCAUCACAUAGAGAAUAUAUCGGACAAUCAAAAAACGAGAUUGCGAUGAAAAAAUCCAAAACUAACAUAACCAGUUUGAAGCCGGUAAAUCUGAAGUUAAAAAUAAAAGAAGCAGAUUCUAAGUCAGAACAAUUACAACCUUUGGAUGUGCAUAUUGUAGAAACUGAAAAAGACAAACAAUACUUCAAUAUUCAGCCAUUGGAAGAGAUUUGCAAAAACAAAUUAGUAUCGAAAACGUCAAUCGCUACAACAAAAGAAAUUAUCGCAAAUGAUUCUCAUUCGAAAACGAUAGAGAUCGAAAAAGCCAACAAUAAAAAAAAGAUCUAUCUAACAACGAACAAGAAAAAUGAAUCGAAUAUAAAUUCCACUAAUUUGACAAAUGCAGCAACAGAACAAUCUAAAAGCAAUAAGCUUGAAAUUAAAAAUAAUUCUAAAGUGCUGAGCGCAUGGAUGCCGAAAGUAAUAUAUUAUGCGAAAUCGAAAUCUGAAUUAGGCUUGAUAUUUGAAGGAAAAUUGCUCAAUGAACUUGGUCAUGUCAUGCAGAGAAAAUUUACGACUGAUAUUGUAUUGAAGCGAUUAUCAGCUACACUGAUCGAAACAGUGAAUCACGAAUUCUAUGAGCUUGUUGGAUGCUUGAAUGACAAUGAGCAUGUUAUUCCGAAAGAACUUGUAAAUCAAUGUCGUAACGGAUGUCCUGCGAAUAUCGAACAAUUUUGUUUGACUUGGAAAAUGUUGCAAAACUAUAAAAUACAAAAAAUAAGUGAGAAACUUAAUAGUACAUCCAUGGACUUGCUGAAUACAUCUGUUAGUUCGAGAGGUCGUAGAAUUGUACCUCCUUUGUCUUAUUGGACAGGUGAACGUAUAACUGUGAAAGAUAACAAUCUAGUUUAUAACCCGGGCAAUUCACAGGAAUCAUCAUUAGUUUCAACAACUGAAACUUCAAAAGAAGCUAUAAAAGAAACUAAAAAAUUGAGUCCUAAAAAAACAAAGAAGCAGGAAGCAAACUCCAAGAAUGUAUCAAAGGAACAAAAACUAUUCAAAUCGAAUGAAAUUUCUAAUUCAAGUAAAAAUGAAACCCUCGUUAUUGAGAAAAGUCAAUCUUCUAAUAAGUCAUAUAAGACUAAAGCUGCAAAUAACACAAAGAAAUCGUACAAAUCGCAUAAAUCUCGAAAAUCCCGGAUUAAUGGCAAACGAUAUGUAAAACAAAAUUUGACGUUCUCGUUGACCGAUUCUAGCGAAAAAGAGCAAGACGUAUCUCCGCAAAAGCGUAUGUGCACUCAUCUAAACAAGAAAACAGGAACGCCGUCGCAAUAUACAAUGACAUUGAGGAAGCGACAAAGUAAAGACAUCCCCCAAUAGAAAUACGACCAAACUCCAGUAAUUUACAUAGCUUUAUUUAAUGCGUUUUAUUUAAACGAUGCAAUGUUGCAUUGCUUGAUUCAUAUUAUGAUAUAUGUGACUAUAGAC